CAAACGGACGUUACAACUUACAACGACGUCGUAAAACGCGGGGGACUUAAAAAAUGGAAAAGAGGAGUAACAUGCAAUGCAUCAUCACAUCUGAGGGAGAGGAGAGCAUUUUCAUUUUUCAACUUGAGAGAAGAAGAGAAGGGGAAAAGGAAAAAAAGGCAAAAUGGGUAAGGAUCUGAGCGAUGAGCAAGUGUCUUCAAUGAAGGAAGCUUUCUCUUUAUUCGACACAGACGGUGACGGUCGGAUCGCGCCGUCGGAGCUGGGGAUCCUGAUGAGGUCUCUGGGAGGGAACCCUACUCAGGCCCAACUCAAAGCCAUCGUGGCCGAAGAGAACCUCACGGCUCCCUUCGACUUCCCCCGAUUCCUCGAUCUUAUGGCCAAACACAUGAAACCCGAACCCUUCGAUCGCCAACUCCGCGACGCCUUCAAGGUCCUCGACAAGGACUCCACCGGCUUCGUCGCCGUCUCCGAGCUCCGCCACAUCCUCACCAACAUCGGCGAGAAGCUCGAGCCCUCCGAGUUCGACGAGUGGAUCCGUGAAGUCGACGUCGGUUCCGACGGCAAGAUCCGCUACGAGGAUUUCAUCUCCAGAAUGGUCGCCAAGUAACGCCGAUUCGAUUCUCUCUUUCCAGUCUUCUUUUCUCUUUCUCCGCUAUUAUUGCUUUCUCGUGUUUGCCUUUUCAGUGGACCAACCAAUAGAUUGGUUAAUCGUCCUGUGUUUUAAUUUUAUGGUUUGUGGCUAACCGAGGGAGGUUUUAGGAAACGGUGGCUGCUCAAUUUGCCCUAUUUGCUUUUGGGUUUUAUUUGUAUUAUUAUGAGAUCUGAUUCUGAGCUAGUCUAUAUUUGCAUGCUGUAAUUCAGACCAAGUAUUUGUGUAUCUAAUCCUUUAUUUCUUGUUUGAUCAAA